UGCUCAAACAACCGGCAAAUAACUUAACGAGCAUCUGCGGUUGACAAGAAGAUCGACGUUGUAACUAGAAUGCAGUAAAACUUCACUGCGACUUCAAAGAUGUAAAUUCAAAGAGGGCCAUGGUUACGGUUAUAGUACACGUCCAUGAGAAUAAAUUUCAACGUUUGUGGUCAAAUACCGCUGGCUGGUUGCAAGCGUUACCGUUGGCUAAGCGUUGGCUAAGCGCCCGUUCCAAACUUUGAAAGCUGUAUCUCUUCAGCCAAACUACAACAGAGAAGGAAGAGCUGGACAUCUCACUUUUGUGGAGCAAAGAUGUACGUGCUUGAAUGAUUGGUGUAAUCAAGCCUUGGAGAGGAGUUUGUCGAUGUCACUAAUGUUGAUGAAGUUGACUGGGUCCAAGGUUGAUGCAAAUCUCUCAUUGAAUUCUCAGUAUUGAAGUACGCACUUCGUCCGCGUUGUCAUUGGAAGUAGAUAGAGUUGAUAUGGUACAAGGAUGAUCCAAGUCUCGCCUUGAACUUUCCGUGAAGAAGCACUUAGUUAGAACAGGUUUGAAUCUGAGGAAAUCAGGUUGUGUUUCUUUGUUAUGACUAGUCUUUGGAAAGAGGUUUAUAUCUGACCAGCAAUUGAGUUGUUUAUAAUCGGGAAUUGCACAUUUUUUGUCUCAAAGUGGUUGCAAGAUUUUAAAGUUUUACCGCUUUUCUCAUUCAGAUUUCCAUAGUAAAUUGAAAUAGUAAAGUACAGCGUUCCCAGUAGAGACAGCUUCCAUCAGGAAGAAAGGUUGUUCUUCAUUGUAUCUAUGUUCUCUGACUUGUGUAGCAGUUGUCCUUGCAGUUUACAGGAAAACCUUUCUGAUGUUCCUCAGUCUUGGUUGCAAAGAACAAGGUGUCCACUCUGUUUCAGGUGUACAAGAAACGGUUAAUUCAGCUCUUGGAUUUGGAGAAACUAUUGACAGCGGGCUUAGUUGAAAGGGAGGCACAACAUGAAGUCGAAGAAUAAGAACAUCCCAUUCGCUAGUGCAGAAAACCUUCUCAAUCCUUUGUUGGCUUGCCAUGCAUUGAUCCAAGAUGCUCUUCAUCGGUGCAAAGAGUCGCAAGUUGCAACUCGCAUCACCGUCACUCUUACAAAAUUCGCAAUGACAGAUAGAGAUGACCAUGUAUGUCGAAUUUCAGUUGCUGAUACAGGGUGUGGAGUGAGUAGAGAUAUGUUUGGAGAUUUUUUUCCAUAUAAAGCUCGAGGAAUUACUGCAGAGUUUGAGUCUACUAAUGUAAUUUGGGAUGGGGUUCUAUACAUCACCACGACAUGUCUUGAUGAGCAGAUCAUUCGAAAUUAUGAAAUAAAGAUAGGUGUCCAUGAUUUCAAACAUAAAAUUGUUCAAAGCAAUGAACAAAGCAAACAUACCUCCUUCAGGGGUACAGAGAUUUCGAUAUUGUUGGAAGGAAAUCCGAUCAAUCUUCAGAAGUACGUUCAAGAUUUGUGUGAGAAGAUGACGAUACUGAAUUUGCAGGAUGUGUUUGUGGAAUUCUGCGAAGAAACACUUAAUCCACAUGACAAGCGCCAAACAAAUUGCUUGUCUUUAUGCGAUGGAGGGAGAAAAGUUGAUGAAUUUUCUUCAACUUUGGAUCUGAUGUGUCUUGGAUUGGAAGAUUACACUUUCAAGUACAUCUACAAGUCCAUACGAAGAUCCGGACACCUGAAUGAACUGAUGCGAGACAUCAGGUUUGGCAAAGCCGAAACUAUCUCACAGGCAGGAUCAAACAAAAGAGAGUGGACAUUGCAAGCUUGUUUGAUUUUGAUUGUCAAAGAAAUUCAAGGCAAAGAGAUGAUGAACUCCGAAGCUGAGCGUCCCUUGCAGACACAGAUAACUUUUUUUGAUAAUCAUUACUUACAUUCGCAAAUCCCAAAGUCUGCGCUCCGAGCUCUAAGUAGAGUGGAUUGGUCGAAGAUUGGACUUCGGAUCAAGAAGAGAUCUAUCCAAUUCUGCAACCAAGCUCCCUCUGGUGUCAUUGUGUGGGAUCAAUACCCGAAGGAUAUUGAGCGCUUGGACUUGGUGCUACAUAGAGUUGGAAGAUCCUCAAGUCAGACACUCUAUAGAGGAGAGUAUACGGUGACCAAGAAGACCAUCGAAGCUGCCUUGAACGACUUGAAGUAUAACUGCCCUCAAAUCUUGUCUACACCACAUGAAAGUCGUGUAUCAUCAAAAGUUCCGAAAAAGAAGACUUUAAGGAAGAUUGUGCAAGCAUCCUCAACCUGCCUUCGGGCGAAUUGGGUGAUAUGAGACAGGCCAUUGAGGCUAAGCUGUUGGCAGCAUUUAACAGGCAAAUACAUCCUAGUCAGACUGAGAAGGCAUCCAGCAUACUCAAAUUCGAAGACAUCCAAAACUUGCUGGAUCAUACACCAGAGAUGGGAGGAGAUGACUUCAAUUCAGAAUGCAGCAAAGUAUGGAACUAUUUAUAAUCGAGUCAAUCCUAACUGUGCGGCUAGAUUAAGCACCUUUGUUGCUCAUCCAGCUGGUCAUAAACCCGGGAGUCAGAAUGAAAUAUUCUCUGCAAAAUAGGAUAGAAGAUUUGAUUGUGCUCCUUUAUUCGGUCCAUCCACAACAGUAUGAACUUUAGGCUGUGCUUAUUUGUGUAGCUCGAAGAAUUCGUAGAUUGAUACGCACACCCUAAGAUAGUCUGUCCACAAAGAGAGUAGUGCCCUAUGAUGGAGAAUUCUGUAAAUAAGUUGAACUACAUAUGAUUGUGCAAAGC